UCGCACUCAGUCUCCAGCAACAUGGACCAAAGAGAGAUUCUGCUGCGAAACCUGGAAAGGGCCCAAGGCAAGAAGCUCAACCGAGAGGAGUUCGUAGACGAAUUUUUGAAACUAAAAAGGCAGUCAACAAAGUACAGAUCGGAUAAAAUCUACCUUACAGCAGCAUCUGAGCAACCAGAGAACAUCAAGAAGAACAGAUACAAGGACAUCUUACCCUUUGACCACAGCAGAGUGGAGCUGUCCCUGAUUACAUCAGAUGCAGAUUCUCACUACAUCAAUGCCAACUUCAUCAAGGGCGUCUAUGGGCCAAGAGCAUACAUUGCAACCCAGGGUCCUCUCCCCACUACUGUCAUCGACUUUUGGAGGAUGAUUUGGGAGUAUGAAGUCCUGAUUGUGGUCAUGGCCUGUAUGGAGUUUGAAAUGGGAAAGAAGAAAUGUGAGCGGUACUGGGCAGAGGCGGAGGGCUCCCCCCUGCAGUGUGGUCCUUUCUCCAUCACCUGUGAAGCUGAAGAGAAGAAAAAUGAGUAUGUGACUAGAACUUUAAAGGUGAUCCUGAAUGAGGAAAUCCGCACCGUCCACCAGUUCCACUACACAAACUGGCCGGACCACGACGUCCCCUCGUCCAUCGACCCCAUCCUGGAGCUCGUGGCCGAGGUUCGCCGCUACCAGCCGGAUGACAGCGUCCCCCUCUGCGUCCACUGCAGUGCUGGCUGCGGGAGAACAGGAGUCAUCUGUGCCAUCGACUACACCCAGAAGCUCCUGAAGGAUGGAAUUGUUCCAGUGAACUUCAGUAUUUUUAGUCUGAUCCAGGAAAUGCGCACACAAAGGCCUUCCAUAGUGCAGACCAAGGAGCAGUAUGAGCUGGUUUAUGACGCCGUGAUCGAGCUCUUCAAAAGACAGAUUAAAGCACUCGAUGCCCAGGAAGAUCCUGCUGUUUCACAGGUACAAGCAAGACAUCCUGUAGCCAAGCCACUUCUGACUCCAGUAGAAGAUAUUUAUUCUUUGCAACUACUAACCUGCUCAGAGCAAGAGGAACAGGAUGUGCAUCAAUGUCUUCCUUCGGUGCUACAAAGCAAAGCACCUCUGACAUCUUUGUCUGCCACGGGAGUACACAGCAGCUCCAGAUGUGGAGGCCCUCCCAUCAGACAGGCCAUAUCCUUUGGGACUUUGAACUUCAUCCAUCGCAGAAAGACAACUGCCACUGAGAAGUGGGGUGCUGGGGGUGCUCUUCAGAAACACCACAGUCUGGAGUUCAGCAGCAUCUCUCCUGAGCAGCAGCCUCUGAACCUGGAAGCCAAGGGAGCAGGCAGGAGAGCGCCCCUGACACGGACUGCAUCCACCCCUUUUGUGCUGGCGCAGCAGGGAGCAGGCUCGGAGUGGGAUGGAGGGGAUGCAAAGCCUGGUUUGAGUUCACAGUUGCCAGACACCUGUUACUCAAGCUUUCAGGUGAAGAAGCAGGAUGGAUUUUCCCUUGUUAAGCUGAACCACUCGAGCCAAGAACCGGACAGCCCCCCGAGCCGCAGGAACUAUGGGAAACAUCCUUACCCGUACUGCUGCUCAGCAGAAGACCCCUACUUCUCCUCUCUCUCUCCAGAUGACCCCACAUCCCCGGUGUCUGCCGAGUGCUUUCUGGAGGGGCAGGAUGAUCUUCUCCCCUCUUGCACUGUGCGUGCCCCACUGCAGCCUGCUGUGGCCAGCCCCCCACCACCCAGGCCCCUGUCCCACCAUGUUCCCCUGCUGAAGGGCCAGAGGACACCCUCCCUGAGUAACCUGUCCAUGUCUCCCCAAUUAGCCACCCUGCUGCAGCCAAAUGAUGAUGAUGAUCCUCCACCCCUUCCGGAGCGAACUCCCGAGUCCUUUAUCGUGGCAAAUGAAUCUGGACAAUUUCCUCUGGACACUUCUGAUUUUCAGCUUCCAGCCAGUAAUAGAAAUAUUGGAAUCUCUUUGGAAUGGAGUGGUGAGUCUCACUCAGAGGUGUUUAAUGACUCAGUGAGACUGAGACCAUGUAGGAGUGUGAAGCUUCGGAGCCCACAAACAGAGACAACCCGGGAUCGCUCUAGCUCUCCUCCCCCGCUUCCUGAAAGAACACCAGAGUCUUUUGUUCUUGCUGAUGCAGCAAGUCUGCAGCCUGCUGCAAGAGGUUCUACAAUGAGUCCUGAGGGGUUGGAGAGCAAAACAUCAUCAAAAGAGCCUAUGAAAUGCUUCAGGAGGAGCAAGAGCUUGAAAAUAUUGAAAAAUGUGAGAAAGAGCAUCUGUAGUCCAUCUUCACUGGCAAAACCGCCAGAAUCUGCCCUGCCAGGCCAGUCGAGGUCUUUCCUUAACUUGGGCUUUGCAAAUCGAUUUUCGAAACCUAAAGGACCAAGAAACCCACCACCUGCAUGGGAUAUUUAG